UUUUGCGCCGCAAUUAAGAAUUUUAAAAUAAUGAAUAUGAAUGAUUGUGACUUUAAGGAUCUCCGCUCAAAGCUCGAUGUAAUGGGUUUUACCCAGACAUUGCCUGUGUUAGCAAUACCUUUGGUUGGUGCUAUCUUUGGCGAUUUAAUAAAAACAACAGAAUGCCUUCGUGAUACAAAAAGACAAGUGGCAGAUCUCUUGGAAGAGAGAAACUGCUGGGAGCUCGGAGUUGAGCCGUACAAAUGCGACAACUCGCGUUUACUGGCCGAGUGCAAUGAGCUGCACUUACAGUUUCUGAAAGACCGAGAAGAUUACGAGUUGCGACUUUGUGAGAUGGAGCGACGAAUACGCAGUCUGCAGACGGACAGGGAACACUUGCAGAGCCACAAUGCUCAGCUGCAGGGCCAACUGGACGCAUUUUUAUCCAAACAGUUGAUGACAGCGGCGACUGCCAAGCGAACGCAUCCAGGAUCCUUUCAGCAGACUAAAAAGCCAUUUAUAUCCACUGUUCGCUCUGGAGAAGUAUUGCCAGCCGUGAUGAGUGCUGCUUCACACUCAUCCUUAAAGUGCACCAAGUGUAGUGCCGGAAUUGUUCAAAAGACAUCAUCUACCACUAAAGACGGCAUCGCAAUAACGCACAUCAAUGGAUCAGAAGAGAUUGAUAGGCUUCAAAAUGAUUUGACUAGUGCCAGUGAACAGUUGGAGUUCUAUAAGCGCAAGGUAGAAUCGCGGAACCGAGAGAUACGACGAUUAAACGACCUGCUCGCUGGUGGUCGUCCGCCGGCAGCGUUGGCUAAGGAUUGCUGUUACAAGGAUGUAGGCACUCUUUCACAGGACAUUGAUCUGCUUCAGCGCGAGAAGAGCGAGUUGAUGGCUCAGGUUCGCGAGUAUCAGGCCAAAAUGCACGAUGCCAUGCAGCAUGCUUUGCGGAUAGAAGACGACAAACGGAAAUUGCAAUCGAACCUGGACGAACUGAAGGAAGCCGCAUUGCAGGUGGAGCAACAAGCCAAUUGUGAAAUAGAUGCUCGUGAACUUGAGCUGCGACAGAUGCAAGCCGAGCUCAAGCAAUUGCAAAAGAUUAACGAUCAACGAGCCAAGGGACAACGUCUUACUGGCGGAUUCGACGCGUCCACUGAUCAAAGUCAGAAUGAUAAACGCAAGUUAAAUGAAAGGCUAAAUGUCCUGACGCGCCGUGAGGAAGAGUUGCAGACGAUUAACGACAAGCAGAAGAGGAAGCUUCUUAAAAUGCAAGACAAACUGCUGGAGCUGGAAAAGGAGCUGCGGGAGCAUAAUAACACUGCCACCCUGGACGAGGAGAAGAUUCGUUUAAGGUCUGAGCGGGACUUCUUCCAAAAGGAGUAUCUGCGUCUCAUGAGCAAAUCUGGGUCGGACAACGAGAUUGCAUUUCUGCAUGCCCAAAUCAAGUCAAAGGAUGAAGAUCUGCGCGCCUUGCGCUCUGAAUUAUGCAUAGUGUCCACUACUAAGCUGCACUUAUCACCUAGAAAGGGAGAUCAGUGCGAUAGCUUCCCACAACUUACGGCCAGCAGCUCCAAUGGCAGUAGUAAUCGGAGCGAGUGUGUACAGGCUGCAAUCGGGCGCGUGGAGCGUGAACGCGACUGUGCCCGCUCUGAACUCGAACGCAUCCGCUGCGAGAGAGAUACACUUCGCGAGAAGCAGCUAAGCAGCGUACAAUUGCACGCCGAGGAGCUACAGACACUGCGAUUGCGUAAUGAAGAGUUGCAGAAUCACAUACGCCGACUUGAGCUCGAUAACCGGGAGUUAAACUCGGCACGUGUUCCCGCUGAAACCCACAAUGUGUUCCUGAAGGAAGAUGUGGCACAACUCAAACAACGUAUAGGAUCACUACAAACAGAGAUUGAGAAUCUGCGACGGGAGAAUGGACAAAUUACAUUGAUCAACGAGCAGAAUGAACGGAUUAUAGCUGAUUAUCAAAGCAAGCUCCUCAUUGCCGAGCGUCAACGACAAAAGGCAGAUGUGCUCGUCAGCAGUCUGGACUCCAGUCGCGAAACCAAUCGCAAUGAGGUUACACAAUUGCGCACAGAAAUUGCAUCGCUGCGCCAGACCUAUAUUGCCCUGGAGCAUGAAAAGGAUUCGCUUCUGAACCAAUUGGAUAACAAAACGGAGCGGCUUUUUAAAUUGGAGUUUGAAAUUAAAGAUUGUAAGCAAAGACGGAAUACACUGGAGCAAACGGUUAAAGACCUGGAGUCACAAGUUGAUAAAUUAACCUCAAGAACUCGUCAACGCGACUCUGAAUUGAAUGAGACAUCAGCGGAAAGUAAAACUCUACGGCAGCAGAUUGUGGCACUUAAAGCGAGUCGCGAUGAGGCAAUUGCGGAAAAUGGACGCCUCACGGACAGAUUAAGCGACGCACAGGUGGAAUCCAAAACACUGCAUAAGAAGCUCAAGGAUUGCGAGCAGCAGGUGGCCAAUAUGAAACAGCAAUUGCACAAAUACGUUGCAGAGGUGAAAAAGGCCGAAGAUUUGCUAAUGACUAAGGUGUACUUUGUUUUAAAGGAAAAAGAGCGUGAGGAAUUGCUGGAUCACUAUCACAGUCUGACACAAGAUCAAGUCGUCUUGGAGGGAAAUAAUCAGAGUCUGGAGUGCGAGGCGACGGAGUUCAAGCGUCAAAUUUGCGAGCUGGAAUAUGAGGUGCACUCACUGAAGGAUCAGCUGUAUAGCCGGCAGUGCACAAUUGACAAACUUAAUACGCAGUUGACAGCCGCUAGUGCUUCUAUUCGAUGCUUGGAGAGGGAGCUUGAGAAUGCACGUGAGCAGAAGAUUGAGCUUGAAGUGCACAAAGAGCUCUGUGACAAACUGGACGUUGAAAAAGAUAAACUCAAUGCAGAGCUAAAUGAACUAAAUGAAAUACACAAGAAGCUAAAACAAGAAUGCGAAAAGCUGCGCAACGAACUGCAGCAAAAGUCCAUGCUAAAUCAUGUUACCACCGAAACAACCGGGCAAAUGUUGGAGCGGAUACGCGGCGAACAGCUGAGACAAGAUGACGCUGAAGUAAAAGCCAAAAAUGAGAUGGAACGAUUACGUCAGCUGCAUGAGGCAACUCUGAGAGAGCUGCAAGAGGAGCGGGAGCGUUGUAACACGCAGGAACGUCUUGCCACUGAAUUCGAGAAACAGGCACGAGAGUUGCGACAGAACCUAACCGAGGAUCGCUUUUGUCAGGCGCGCUCCAGGGAAAUAAGUCCCAAGAUUCCGCCAAAAACGCUGUGAACUAGAUCAUGGCUUCAGACUUGUAUAAAAUGUCAUUUAUUUUGUACUGUGUACAUUGCACUGCCUAAGCUUGUUUUGCAUUUAUGGAAUUUAAUAUUCUACAUAUUUACCUAUUGUAUUUUUCUACUCAAAUAUAUAUUUUAUUUUCGA